AUGAUGCUCUUCCGUUAUCGACACAAUAACCUAGUCUAUCUCUUAGGUUUUUGUGACGAAGGGGACGAGAAGAUUCUUGUUUAUGAGUAUGAGUUUAAUGGUAGUCUUGAAAGGUACCUUAGUAGCAACACUCUCACAUGGGCUCAACGACUCAAGAUAUGCAUUGGGGCAGCUCGUGGACUGGAGUACCUUCACAACCCACCUGGAACACAGCAUACAGUCUUGCAUCGAGAUGUGAAGAGCGCGCAUGUUCUUUUAGAUCAGUUUUGGGAAGCUAAAAUAGCCGACUUGGGUUGUCCAAAAUAG